GAUUACACCGUGGAGGUGAGCAUCAACGACUACCUGGACAUCUACUGCCCGCACUACGAGGAGCCGCUGCCCGCCGAGCGCAUGGAGCGCUACGUCCUCUACAUGGUCAACUACGAGGGCCACGCGUCCUGCGACCACCGGCAGAAGGGCUUCAAGCGCUGGGAGUGCAACCGCCCCGACUCGCCCAGCGGGCCCCUCAAGUUCUCGGAGAAGUUCCAGCUUUUCACCCCCUUCUCGCUGGGCUUCGAGUUCCGCCCCGGCCACGAGUACUACUACAUCUCUGCGUCUCCCCCGAACGUGGUGGACAGACCCUGCCUCAAGCUGAAGGUUUACGUUCGGCCAACGAACGAUUCCCUCUACGAGUCCCCAGAGCCCAUCUUCACCAGCAACAACUCGUGCUGCAGCCUCGCGGUGCCGCGUGCCGUGCUGGUGGCUGCGCCGGUCUUCUGGACUCUGCUGGGCUCCUAGCGCCGCGGGACGGACGGACGGACAGGACGGGAUGGGACAGGACGGCCCCAGCACCACCACGGGACAGAGCCGGGGCUGCACCACCACCAGGAGCCCCACUGCACCCUGCCCGGCCUCAUCCUGCCCCACACCGCAGCAGGGAACGGGGAUCCCGCCGCGCUCACGGAGAGCGCCCAUCCCCGCGGCAGCGACCCUCCCCGUAGGAUGCUGCUUUUUACAUUUCCAGACCAAAUAUAGAAUCCUGUUGGGUGUUUUGGGCUUUUUUUUUUUUU